AUGGCGUGGAUGCUGGACUGCCUUUUCGCAUCGGCCUUUGAGCCCCGCCCCCGCCGUGUGAGCGUCCUGGGAGGAGCCCCAGGACAGAACCCAGACAGCAGGAUGGACAUGGUAUCCAUUCACAGCCUCUCUGAGCUGGAGCGCCUGAAGCUGCAAGAGACUGCUUACCACGAACUCGUGGCCAGACAUUUCCUCGCUGAAUUCAAGCCGGACAGAGCUCUACCCACUGACCGUCCAAACACCUUGGAGAGGUGGUUUUUGAUGCUGAGAGGACAAGACAGGGCUGCAUCACUCAAGGUCUUUGGCAUCAGCCUGGAAGAGGUACUGGUGAACGAACUUACCCGCCGCAAGCAACGUGAACUGACAGCCACGAUGCAGGUUGAAGACAUCAACGGUUCCACUGGUCCUCGUCGUCGGGGAAACGUGGUGCAAAGAAUGUUUGGACGCAUGAGACGCUUUUUCAGUCGCAGGAGGAAUGAGCCCACCCUGCCCAGAGAGUUCACUCGCCGUGGGCGUCGAGGUGCAAUUUCUGUGGAUAGCGCAGCUGAACUGGAGAAUGGAGCCCUGCUGCUGGACAUCCUGCAGCUCUCGCAGUUUUCAUUGCCUAUUGGGCAGCGACUUCUGGGAUCCAAAAGGAAGAUGAGCCUCAACCCAAUUGCUGAGCAAAUCCCUCAGAUUGUUGAGACUUGCUGCAAAUUCAUUGAGAAACAUGGCUUAACCUCCGUGGGGAUUUUCACCAUUGAGUACUCUCUGCGGAGGGUGCUUGAGCUCCGUGAGUUAUUUGACAAAGGCCUGGAUAUUGUGCUGGAUGACAGUGUGAAUGUCAAUGAUGUGGCCGAACUCCUCAAGGAGUUUUUUUAUGAGAUGAAGGACCCUCUGGUACCUGAUGAUCUGUACAUGUCCUUCCUCCUGACUGCAACUCUGAAACCCAAGGAUCAGGUUUCUGCCCUGCAGCUUCUGGUCUACCUGAUGCCACCUUGCCACAGUGAUACCCUUGAACGUCUGCUGAAGGCACUGCACAAAAUCACCGAGAACUGUGAAGACUCUAUUGGCAUUGAUGGACAGCUGGUUCCAGGUAACCGGAUGACUUCCACCAACUUGGCCUUGGUGUUUGGAACUACUCUCCUGAAGAAAGGGAAGUUGGCCAGUAAGGAAUCCAGGAAGAUUAAACUGGGGAUUGAUCACUAUGUUGCAUCUGUCAAUGUGGUCCGUGCCAUGAUUGAUAACUGGGACAUCCUCUUCCAGGUGCCCCCCCAUAUUCAGAAGGAGGUUGCUAAGCGUGUGUGGAGAUCCAGCCCUGAAGCUCUGGAUUUUAUCAGACGCCGGAAUCUGCGGAAGAUCCAGAGUGCUCGCAUAAAGAUGGAAGAGGAUGCUUUACUUUCUGAUCCAGUGGAAAACUCUGCUGAAGCCCAGGCUGCCGUCCUUGCUCAGAGCCAGCCCUUUGAUGAAGACCCCGAAGGAGCCCCAGCUGUGCAGGAUGACCUCGGAGAUAACCUGAGCUAUGACUUUGAAGAUGAAUCAGAUUUUGAAGAUGAGGACCAUCUGGAUCUUGCAGAGGUUCCCUAUCUUGAUGUAGUUCCAAACAAUGAAGAUACUGACUCAGACGCUGAUGAAAUCCCAGGUUCCUCUGAGGAGCCCACUGUGGCUGCCAGCACUGCCGGUCCCGGUGACAACAAGGAAGGAGUCGGUAACCGCCCCAAUGCAAGCCGCCCAUUUUUCCGUCUGCCCCGGGAGAAGAAGGGCAAAUCUGGCAUCCGCUUCUUUCCUUAG